AUGUACCCUGCUACGAUCCAACCGCGACAUGAGACUCGCCAGCCACCUCGGCGACAUCACUACGCUCCUCCUCCUCGCGCCCGGAAACCCGCGCCGACCCCAGCGUAUCAUCAUCGCGCUCUGGGCUCGCACGCCCCUUCAUCGGACACACCCCACGCCGAUUCCAAGGCGCAGACUCAUUGCCCUUCUCCAUCCGAUGUGUCUCGCGAUCGAGCUGCGAGAUCUUCCUUCUCGUCCAGCGAAUCUUCCUUCGGCAGCGCUCAGUAUGCUACGCACCAACCCCUUCCAGUCUACACUCGGCCUCGACUCGCUUCGGUCAUCCCGCCCCCGGUCAGCCGGUAUCUCGCCAGCGGAGACGCUCGAGACCCCCCUCCCCAUCAUUCUCGGCAGUCUACAAUCUCUUUCGCUCCAUCCCACACCCAUCAGCCAUCUUCCACCCUCCGAAACCACCUCCAGACCCAAAGCCGCCUUCCCGAUCUGCGCAACAUCCACCCACACGCCCCAGACAUCGUCGCUGCCCGCCGCAGACUCGAGGACAGCUCUACCAAGCCCUUCUCCUUCGACCCACCCCCAUACUCAGACCACGAUGUCCCUCUCCCUACACCCUACAACGCCGCCUAUCCUCACCCGCUCACCGCCUACGCCUCGCCCGGCGUCAAUUUCGCGGCCAUCCGGGACGUCCAAUGGCGGGACAUCCUCCACCAUCUCAUGGAGACCGAUAUUGACCUCGUCAAGGGUACCAUCCUCGCCUCGUCGGACCGAGACAUCAAUCCGCCAGCGCUCAUGAUCCCUGUCUUUGAGGGCGAGGGGUGCGGUAUCCCCGAGCGCCUCUGGUCCCGCUUCGAAAGCAUGGGCGACCUGGCUCUCGGCGGCUCGUCCACCCAUCUCGCUGGUCCUCCUUCGGCUCCUGUCCCACCUCGCUUCACCCAAGCCGGUCUUCACGUCGUCGCUACUCCCGGCGGUCGAGCUCCAGCCAGUCUUCUCCCCUCCCUCCCAGCCGACGGCUUCCCAGCUGUCCGUACCAACUUCUCCAACGUUCUUCGCCGUUCCUCCACGGACACCGAGUCGGCUCGCACCGCCCCUCCUCCUCGUCGAGCCGGACCACAACCUACGCCCUUCCACAAGACCGAGCUAUGUCGGACAUGGGAGCAUGAAGGUAUUUGCAAGUAUGGUUCCAAUUGCCAGUUUGCCCAUGGUCUACUCGAGCUUCGGAUGCCUGUGCAGGGUAUGCCCACCCCUCCCGUCUCCCACUCCGCUCUCGCCUUCCGUACGGACACAAUCACCUCCUACGAGCCACGCCAGCCCGAGCGUCGAGGGUCCCGGCCCAUCCACCUCGACUACAUCGGCGAGCAUGACUCGCCCUUGCUCCACGCUCGGCCCCGCCUCUCCACUCCUUCCCCUAUCGGCGCAGAGAAGGAUCUCGCAUGGAAGACCGUACCCGUCCCAGAGUCGCUGCACAGCCCCUUCUCCUUCACCCAGUACACUCCACCCAUACCCAUCAGCCAUUCAGCCCAACACCACCCUCCCACGUCGGCCAUCCCCAUCACUUCGAAGUCCUCUUUCUCUUCCCUGUCCGCUUCGGCCGCCUCAUUCAAGACCUCCUCUACCCCCUCGGGAAGCUACUCGUACUCUACCUCCACAUCUGACUUCUGCCCCUCUUCCUCCUACACCCCCACCGUCGCCGAGCACGACAUCCACGGCGGAUGGAUCGAAAGACUCACCGCUACCCCCUCGCACGAGCACGAGGAGACUCCCGAUUGGGAGAUGCUCAAGCGGUCUAUCGACGCCACGACCGUGCGAAGCGUAUGGGAGGAGUAG